AUGCCUCCAAUUAGUGCUCGCAAAAAACCAUUUAGUACAAAGAAAAAAAAGGAACAAUUGAAACAAAAACGUGAAAAAAAUCGAGCUCUUGGUGAUAAAUGGGCUGAUUCUGAUUCGGCAACGGAAGAAAAUUCUAAAAAUUUGAGAAAUCGUAUUAAUGAACAACCUGUUAAAGACGAUGGAAAAUAUAAUCCAAAUCGUUAUCGUUUACAUUUUCAACGUGAAUCAAAAGAUGAGAUUGAACGUCGUAAAAAAUUAGCUCAAAAUCCUGUUCAAUUAUUACCAGAAGAAGCUUUAGAAAUUUCAGUUGAAGAAAUUUAUCGUCCUGGUAGUGCACUUGAUUGUCCUGUUCGUCCACCAUGGACAUAUGAUAUGAAAAAAGAACAAUUGGAACAACAAGAACACACAUAUUUUAAUAAUUAUUUGGAUAAAAUAUUUUCAAAUUUUGAUGCUGAUAAAUUGAGUUAUUUUGAAAUGAAUUUAGAAACAUGGAGACAAUUAUGGCGAACAAUUGAAAUAUCUGACAUAAUUUUAAUGAUUGUCGAUGUUCGAUUUGCUGUAUUACAUUUUUCUCCAGCAUUAUACGAUUAUGUAACGAAAGUUCAUCAAAAACAUUUGAUCAUGAUUUUAAAUAAAAUUGAUUUGGCACCACCAGCAUUAGUUGUAGCAUGGAAAAGUUAUUUUCAAAUAAAAUUUCCACAAUUACAUAUAUUAACGUAUACAUCGUAUCCGAAAGAAUUGAAAGAUAAUUUUGAUGAUUAUCAAGUAUUAUCAAAAAUAAUUAGACGAAAAAAUUAUUAUGCUAUUGGACCACUGACACUUUUGGAUUGUGUCAAGAAAAUUGUAGGAACAACAGUUGAUUUAUCAUCGUGGGAAAAACAUAUGCACGAGUGUAUGGCUAGUGAUGAAGAUGAAUUAAAGAAGAAAGAGUAUAAACAAGAACAAAUUGAUGUAUCACCGUUGAAUACCAAUGCAUCUACAUCUACUGUUGGAACAACAACGGCAAAAUCUCAUGUAACACUUGGCUUUUGUGGCUAUCCAAAUGUUGGAAAAAGUUCCUUGUUAAAUAGUAUUGUUGGUCAUAAAGUCGUUAGUGUUUCACGUACACCUGGACAUACAAAACAUUUUCAAACAAUAUUUUUAACAUCAACUGUUCGACUAUGUGAUUGUCCGGGACUUGUAUUUCCAUCAUAUGUUGAAAAGCCACUACAGAUUCUUGCUGGUAUUUAUCCAAUUGCUCAAGUUCAAGAGCCGUAUACAGUUGUGGGUUAUUUAGCACAAUGGCUGCCGAUAUUAAAAAUAUUAAAAAUUGAACAGCUUCAAAAAGAAAAUUCAAAAUAUAGCCCAUUGGAUAUAUGUGAAGCAUGGGCAAUAAAACGAGGCUUUUUCACAGCCAAAGCAAGUCGUCCCGAUGUCUAUCGUUCAGCAAAUCAUAUACUUCGUUUAGCGUUAGACGGUCGAAUUAAUUUAUAUCUACGUCCAAUUGGUUUUACAGCUGAAAAAGAACGCUGGCAGUGUGAUCCUCGUUCAUUAGAAUUAGAAACAUCAAUUAAAUCAGCAGUGGCUAAGCAAAAAGCUCCCGAUAGUGUCUCAGAUUCAGAAACCGAUUAUGAUAUUUAUUUUAAUAAACUGUCAACAAAUAAUAGACGUCUUAGUGAUCAAGAACUAGCAUCCCAAAGUUCAGUAAGUGACUAUGUUAGUGAAACAAAUCGUUUUGGUCAUUUGCAAAAUUCAGCCAAUAAUAAGACGUCACGCUUAUAUUCAUCAACACAACGAAGUCUAUUAAGAAAGGCGGUAGGAAAAAAAUCCCAAACAGCAGAUAACGAAGAGGAUGAGGAAGGAGCAAACGCUGAUCAAGAAGAUCAAAGCGAUAAUGAACAGGAAAAUGCAACAUCCACGGAUGGUGAGGAAGAACAACAACCAUCGAAAGUAUCUAGGGGUGAUAUUGAAUUAGAUAAUUCUUUAAAUAAACGAUGCAUCGAAAAUCAAAUAAAAUUGUUUUCGGCAAUGGAUCAAGACGAAAUAUUGCGACAAUUAGAAUUCAUUCAAAAUAAUCCAGUUGAUCUUGAAACAUUAAUGAUGAAUAAUGGCCAGAUGGGUUCCAUGUCAUCUGUAUCUCCAACAGCAAUGGAAUUAUUAGAAAAAAAUCAACAGUUACUAAUGCGUAAUGAUGAUGGUAAUGAAAACGAAAACACCAGUGAUGAUGAUGAUACGGAAGAAUUUGUUGAUGAAACGUUUAUUGAACGCAUUUCGGCACUCAAAGAAAUGUUUCCUGAACGUGUACAACAAAUUGUAGGAAAAUUAAAUUCUAUUACACGUGAAACAUCAAAAUUUGCUUAUACGAAUGCACGAUCAGUUUCGUGGUGGUGUGUAUCAUCGUUUAGUGUAUUAGUAUUUCCCAUAUUGGUUCAAAGAGAAUUAUUACAUGUUGCUCAACAAAUAGCUCAAGAGCAACGAUCUCUCUUACUGGGUCCACAAGCAACUAUCGGUGGCGCUAGCGCAUUUAUGCCGGGUAUGUCAUCCUGA